AGUUAUCUCAUCCUGGAUUGACCGGGGUGAGAUUCUCGGCAUGAAAGGACGCGCGUCGAGGUCGAGCUACCUUUCCGGGGAUAGUCUUUUCUCUCCAACCAUAGCAUGCCUGCGGUCCAGCAACACCCUGACACAAAAAUACUGGUAACUGGAGUGAAUGGUUACAUUGGCUCCUGGAUUGCUCGGUCCUUGCUUGAACGGGGGAUAGCUGUUCUGGGUGCGGUGCGGAGCGAAAACAAGGGUAGGCAUUUGAGAGAGCUCUUUGCUUCCUACGAGGAACGAUUCCAGCUUGUUCAGGUACCCGACAUUAUGGUGGAUGGUGCAUUCGAUGAAGCCGUUCUGGAUGUGGACGGUGUCAUUCAUACAGCUUCACCCGUCGUAUUGACUGCCGUGGAUCCAGGAGAGGUUAUUGGACCAGCCAUGAAGGGUACGCUUGGCUUACUGACUAGCGUCGCCAAGUUCGGAACAAACGUUCAGCGCGUGGUCGUCACAUCAUCGUGCACUGCCGUCUUCCACUUCCCCUCCGAACCCACGGUCUUCUCCGAGACGGAUUGGAACGAGCAAGCAGUCAAAGAAGUCGAGGAGAAAGGAAGUAAUGCCUCUUUUGCUGCAAAGUACUGUGCGUCUAAGACUCUGGCGGAGAAAGCUGCCUGGGAUUUCUUUAAUGAGAGCAAAGGCACAUUACCUUGGGACCUCACGGUUAUAAACCCACCGAACGUCCACGGUCCUUUCAUCAACGAAGUCCCGAACCCCCAAUCCCUCGGGUACGCCACCAACGAAUGGUACAACAUCGUUGUCCGCGGGGACAUGAGUGCCGAAGACAUGACAUCCAAAGGGCACUGCUGGGUCGACGUGCGUGAUUUGGCGGAGGCGCACAUCAGGGCGCUGUUCGUAGAUGCUGCGGGGGGUGAGAGGAUCAUCGUGUCCGCGGGUCCGUAUGUAUGGCAGGAUUGGCUGGAUGUUGCAAACUCUUUGGCUAUGCAGUCACGAAGGCUACCUGUAGGCGUGCCGGGCGCUGGAGCGGGGGCCCAAUAUCUGAUGAGUUAUGAUACGGGAAAGCAAGAGAGGAUAUUUGGGCUGGGUUUUAGAACGAAGGCGGAUACUGCGAGGGAUGUCUUGAACCAGUUCGCGCACCUUGGGUGGUGAAUCUCCUUUAUAAGUAUCACUACGAAUCGCA